AUGGAAUUACGACAUUGCGGUCGCCUUGUAGGUUCACUUGUUCGUCUAUCUAGACAGCCUAAACUUUGUUACCCUAUUCGAAAUUUUUCUUCGUCAUCAAGAUUAUUUCCAAUAAAUUCCUCACAACUUGUAUUGAAACGUUCUUUAUCAUGGCAAUUUUGGAAUUCAUCAUCAUCAACGAAAGCAGUUGACCCAUGGCCUGCAAAUGUUACUCAUACUACUCCCGAAUCAAUUACUAUUGCUCCACCAACAUCAUCGUUAUCACCAUCUCCAACAUCUGCUGUAUCGAAUGUACCAACCAUUGAGGCAGAUGAAUUUGGUUAUAUACCUGAACCACCAAUGAUCCCAUCUGAUGUACCUGUUGAAUUUCUUUUGAAUGCUGCUGGUGAACCAGCACUUUCAACAUUAGGUCUUGGUCAAUGGUAUUUACCAACUGGUUGGGUACAACAAAGUCUUGAUCUUAUUCAUGCUAAUCUUGGUUUACCAUGGUGGGCAACAAUUAUGAUUGGUACAUUAAUACUUCGUACGGCAACAAUACCAAUUGCUAUUUAUAAUCAACGUAGUGCUGGACAAAUGCAAUUACAUAUGCCAAAACUACAAGAAUUACAAGCAAAAUUACAAGAAGCUCGUAUACGAAAUGAUCAAUUGGCUAUUAUGAGAGCAGGUGGUGAUUUAAUGGAAUUCAUGAAAUAUUCUGAUGUUAAACCAUGGAAAGCUAUGCUUGGACCAUUUAUGCAGAUGCCUUUUUUUAUUUCAUUUUUUCUUGGUAUUCGUGCUUUAGCUAAUUAUCCUCUUGAGAGUAUGAUGUUUGGAGGAAUGUUAUGGUUUCCUGAUUUAACUGUACCUGAUCCAUAUUAUAUUCUACCAGUUUUUACUGCAUGUACAAUGUUUCUUACUAUGGAACUUGGUAUUGAAACGGGUAUGCGUACAGCAAAUUUAGGACCCAUUGGUCGAAAUGCUUUACGUGUAAUUCCAUUUCUUUCAUUGAUAUUUACUAUAAAUUUUUCAUCGGCAUUAACACUUUAUUGGGCUACUUCAAAUGUUAUAUCAUUAGCUCAAUCGGUUGUAUUACGUCAACCAUCUAUUCGACGAGCAUUAAGAUUACCAGCACCACCACCGAAAAGAACCGAACCAAAAAUAAAAAAGAAGAAAGGUAUUGCUGGAUUUCGAGAAAAUUAUCGAAAUAGCAAAUUAUUAGCUGAAGUUGAAAAACGAAAACAAUUAGGAGAUGAUAUAUUCCGUCGUGCUGGUAUAAGUUCAGCUGUACCAACAUAUAAAUAUGAUCCAACUAAAGUGAAGGAAAAUAAUCCACCACAAAUACGAAAAACAUCUGGAUAA